AUGCCCGUCUUUCCUACUGCUGAAGAAAGAGCAAAGUCUUUGUUAUGGGCAGGUUGCUCUGACAAAGUCACCAUCAAGGAUGGCGGGCGAUACGUGAUACCUUUCGGAAGGUGGCAUCCAAACUCAAGGGCCGAUCUGUUAGAAGUUAUGGCCGAUGGCAAGGAUGGCAAUGGCAAACCCAACUACGCGAAAGGCCUUAAAGAAUGGCUGGAGAUGACCACGAAGCAAUUUCGACGAACACACGUGGUCAAUCAACUAGUCAUCCGAGCACGAGGCUUCACAUAUAAGUAA